GUGAUGCGUGUACAUGCGUAGAAGUGGUAAUGGAGGACAGUGAUCUGUUCACAGGGGUUUAGUUAGCAAGCUGUCUUCUGUCUCUAAUGUUCACAACUGCUGUUUCUGUUGAUUACGAGGUGUUUACAACUCAGAGGAGCACCGUGUGACUCAGCCGAGAGGAGGUGGAGCUGCCAUUGAGUUUUGGGAUGGCGUCAGAUGCGGGUUCCCAAAACCAUGGUUCCAAGGGGAUCAUGACGUUUUACCCCACUGCUGAGGAAUUCAAGAACUUCAGCCGCUACAUUGCAUAUAUCGAGUCCCAGGGAGCACAUAAAGCAGGCCUGGCUAAAAUUGUCCCACCAAAGGAAUGGAAGCCCAGAGCCUCUUAUGACGACAUAGAUGAUUUGGUGAUCCCUGCGCCCAUUCAGCAGCUGGUGACAGGCCAGUCAGGCCUUUUCACACAGUACAACAUUCAGAAGAAGUCCAUGACUGUGAGAGAGUUUCGCAGGCUUGCCAACAGUGACAGGUACUGUAGUCCACAUUAUGAUGACUUCGAAGACCUGGAGAGGAGGUACUGGAAGAAUGUGACAUUUAACCCUCCCAUAUAUGGAGCAGAUGUUAAUGGAUCUCUGUACGACCCCGAAGUUAAAGAGUGGAACAUUUGCCACCUGGACACCAUUUUGGAUACAGUUGAAUGUGACAGCGGCAUCACUAUUGAGGGAGUUAAUACACCCUACUUGUAUUUUGGCAUGUGGAAGACCACCUUUGCAUGGCACACUGAGGACAUGGACCUCUACAGCAUCAACUACUUGCACUUUGGGGAACCCAAAUCAUGGUACUGUGUACCUCCAGAGCACGGGAAGAGACUGGAGCGUUUGGCUACAGGGUUCUUUCCUGGUAGUUCCCAAAAUUGUGAGGCCUUUUUGAGGCACAAGAUGACUCUCAUCUCUCCCUCUAUACUGAAGAAGUAUGGCAUUCCCUUUGAAAAGAUUACUCAGGAGGCUGGUGAGUUCAUGGUGACUUUCCCUUAUGCCUAUCAUGCCGGUUUCAACCACGGUUUCAACUGUGCAGAAUCCACCAACUUUGCCACAGAGAGAUGGAUUGAGUACGGCAAGCAAGCAGUUUUGUGCUCGUGCCGUAAAGACAUGGUGAAGAUUUCCAUGGAUGUAUUUGUGAGGAAAUUCCAGCCGGAUCGCUAUGAGCAGUGGCUGGCAGGGCGAGACGUGGUACCCAUCGACCACACGCGGCCUACUCCGGAGGCGAAGGAGUUCCUGGGGGAGUCCUUUAAUGACAUCACCAGCAACAGUAACUCCAUGGAGAGCUGUGGGGAGGAUGGAGAGCGGAAGAGCACCACACAGAGGAUAGAGACCAAGAGACACAGAGUGUGUCUGGAGGUGCCUGAGGAGGUUGUUCCUAAGGACGAAGAUGAAGAUGAUGUGGAGCAGUAUGAGAAGCGUCCAAGGCUAAGCCUCAUACCUCCACGCACAGCGUCACAAGAUGGCAAGAGAACUAAAGGCCCACCAAAGUUGGUUGUCACCCCAACCAAGCUCACUUUAUUGGAUCCAUUUCACAGGGGCUUAACCCAAAGUAACAGUGAUGUAUGCCGCCCCCCACAUUACACCAAGACUCGCGCACCUGCAAUCACACCUCAGUCCCAGCACAGAAACGGACAUCUGUCACUUUCAGCGUCGCCUACGUGGACGGGAACCACUGCUCAGCCUACCCGCAAAAUGGGGGUCGCCAGCCUGCUGUUCCACAGGACUCUGAGUCCAAAAGACACUCUUCAAGUGCACAGCUACACGCUAGAGAAGCAGCAACAGCCUCACACACAGCUGCAGGUGCACAGCUACGCCAGAGAACAUCAACCCCGUCAUCUCCAGCACAAAACCAGUACGCCAUCACACACACAGGUUCAGUCCUUGCCCCAGGCACUGAGCUGUGAACGGAAGGAGCCACAGCCAGAAACCACAAUUAUUCUUACCAAAGCAGCAGUGACUGAAUCAGAAGCACAUAGUCUUGUGGAGCAGGACCAAAAGGAGGACAAACCUGAAAUAGCAACGCCUGUUGUGACUCCGAUUGAAGUGGAGAAGCCUGAAGUUGAACCCACCAGCACGUCUACUUCCUCUGAGACUCAACCACAAGUCACAGAGAUGAGCCCAACAGAGAUGGAGGCCCCCAAGAACAGCAAGAGAAAGAGUAAACAAUGCCCACUUGUGGAUAGUGCCAUUGUCAUCCAGAAUGACACCCUUCCUGUCAGGAAACCAGACCAUGAUGAAGAGAAGAAGGUGAUCGCUCAGAGUUAUCACCAUCAGGUGGCAGAAGAGCAGUCAUACUGCAAGUCGGUUGUGAAGAAGCAGCAGCAGGCACAGCUCUGUAAUCUGCCGCGUCAUCACCCUCUGAUCAGAGAGGUGCACAGUGAUGAUGACAUGUACAUAGAUACAGAGUUUGAGCAAGAGGAGAAAGAGGAGUGGGCAAAGCCGCUAACGCAGCUGUGGCAGUGUCGGCCUUAUAGCCCUCAGGCUGAGAGAGAGUACAACAAGAAAAUGGGCCAGCAGGCCCCCUACUGCUCCAUCUGCCUGCUCUUCCACACUCAACAUCAGUCUGAGGCCAAUUCUGGGAACUCCAGCGUGAUGUUGGUGAACCGUCCAGGGGGCCGACAGUGGUCCAAGCCACUCAUCCCAGAAAUGUGCUUCAACACCCAAUCUAACAAGACAAACGAUAGUGGAGAGGGACAGCUGUCCAACCCUCACGUAGCAGAGGAUGGGACCAGUCGGCUGGUCAGCUGUACUCAGUGCUGCGUCCGCGUACACACAAGUUGCUAUGGUGUGUCCGGGGAUGAAGCAGAGCUGGAUGACUGGCUGUGCGCCCGCUGUGAAGCUGAUGCCAUCACUGAGGACUGCUGUCUGUGUUCCUUGAGAGGCGGCGCUCUGCAGAGAGCCAACAAUGACAAGUGGGUUCAUGUGCUGUGUGCCAUCACUGUGCUGGAAGCUCGCUUUGUCAACGUCACUGAGCGAGGCCCCAUUGACCUCUCUGCAAUCCCACUGCCCCGGUUCAAACUGAAGUGUGCAUACUGCAGGAAACGGAUGAAGCGGGAGGUAAAGGGCUGCUGUGUUCAGUGCUCCCACGGGCGCUGCUCCACGGCGUUUCACCCCACCUGCGCUCAGGCAGCUGGCAUCCUGAUGCACCCAGACGACUGGCCGUUCAUAGUCUUCAUCACCUGCCACAGACACAAAGCUCCCAUCAUGCCUGAGCGCAACAAGGCCUCCAUGCGCGAGCUGACAGUCGGGCAGAAGGUGAUCUGUAAAUCCAGAAACUGCCGUUACUACCACAGCGAGGUGGUGGAGCUGACCACAGCCACCUUCUACGAGGUGGUGUUCGAUGAUGGGUCGUACAGCGACAACCUCUUCCCCGAGGACAUCGAGAACCGUGAUUGUGUCCGACUCGGUCCACCCGCCGUAGGUGACGCUGUUCAAGUGCGAUGGACAGAUGGGUUGAUAUAUGGAGCCAAGUUUAUGGCGUCACACUCCAUCCCUAUGUACCUGGUGGAGUUUGAGGACGGAUCCCAAAUCUCCGUCAAGCGGGAAGACAUCUACACUCUGGAUGAGGAUCUGCCCAAACGAGUCAAGUCACGACUGUCGGUGGCGUCAGACAUGCGUUUCGAGCUCUUCUCAGAGGAGGAGGUCCAACAGAACUCCAAAAGGCAACGGGUGAUCAACUCUCGAUACAGAGAGGACUACAUCGAGCCCGUCAUUUACCGAACCAUCAUGGAGUGAUGUCCACUUCAGCUUUCUCUCUCUUCUUCCUGCUUUCCCACCUCCUCCUCAUCAACUCAUCACAGAGAGCUGCAGCUCCAGAUCUUUGUUUCUCAGUCUGGCUUCUCUGUUUCUGGCUACUGCUGAUAGGAACGACCAACCCUCCUCCUCCUCCUCCUCCUCCUCCUCCUCCUCCUCCUCCUCC